AUGCCGGGGGGCCCCGGGAGAGCCCGGGCUGGGCAGGUUUCCUUAUCCGGGGCUCGCCGUGGCCCUCGCCAUUGGCCCGCGCUGUCACAUGGACUCAACUUUGUUCACUUGACAGGGAGUAGGAGGAAAUUAAUGGCCAUGAGCUCGUUCCUGCUCAACUCCAACUACGUGGACCCCAAGUUCCCACCCUGCGAGGAAUAUUCCCAGAGCGAUUACCUUCCCGAUCACUCGCCGGAAUACUACGGCAGCCAGAGGCACGGCCAGCACGCUUUCCACCAUGAGGCGAUGUACGAGCGGCGCUUCCCGUCCUGCCGGGGCUCGGCCGAGGCGCCGCCGCCGGGCACCCCCAGCCCUCCCCCCGCCUGCAGCCGCCCGGCCCAGCCCGUGCUUUACCCCUGGAUGAAAAAAGUCCACGGAAGCUCGGCCCCUCUUUCUGCGGCGGGGGAGGCGAAGCGCUCGCGCACGGCCUACACGCGGCAGCAGGUGCUGGAGCUGGAGAAGGAGUUCCACUACAGCCGCUACCUGACGCGCCGCAGGCGCCUGGAGAUCGCGCACGCUCCCUGCCUCAGCGAGCGCCAGAUCAAGAUCUGGUUCCAGAACCGCCGCAUGAAGUGGAAGAAGGAUCACAAACUGCCCAACACCAAGGUCAGGGCCGGCUCCUCCUCCUCGUCCUCCUCCUCGUCCUCAUCGUCCUCCUCCUCCUCCGGCGCUCUGCAAGGAGGAGCCCAAACUCAAAUCCUGCAGGGAGGAUCCCAGACUCAAAUCCCUCAAGGAGGAGCCCAAAGACAGAUCCUGAGGAUCCACAAACUCAAAUCCCUCAAGGAGGAACCCAAAGGCAGAUCCCGCAGGGGGGAUCCCAAACUCAAAUCCCACCAGGAGGAUCCCAAACGCAAAUCCCUCAAGGAGGAGGAGCCCAAACUCGAAUCCCACCAGGAGGAUCCCAAACUCAAAUCCCUCAAGGAGGAACCCAAAGGCAGAUCCCGCAGGGGGGAUCCCAAACUCAGAUUCCACCAGGAGGAUCCCAAACUCAAAUCCUGCAGGGAGGAUCACAAAUGCAAAUCCCUCAAGGAGGAUCCCAAACUCAAAUCCCACAAGGAGGAGCCCAAAGGCAGAUCCCGCAGGGGGGAUCCCAAACUCAAAUCCCUCAGGGAGGAGGAGCCCAAACUCAAAUCCCACCAGGAGGAUCCCAGACUCAGAUUCCACCAGGAGGAUCCCAAACUCAAAUCCCUCAAGGAGGAGCCCAAACUCGAAUCCCACCGGGAGGAUCCCAAAGGCAGAUCCCGCAGGGAGGAUCCCAAAUGCAGAUCCCACAGGGAGGAGGAACCCAAACUCAAAUCCCACAAGGAGGAUUCCAAAUGCAGAUCCCUCAAGGAGGAGGAUCCCAAAGGCAGAUGCCUCAAGGAGGAGGAGGAUCCCAAACUCAAAUCCCGCAAGGAGGAUCCCAAACCCUGA